CGGAGACUGGCGUCGGGGCGCCGAGCCCGAGCCUAGCGGAGCCGGAUCCCGGGGGAGCGCGUUCUGCUGCAUGUGAUGAAAGUGUCUGCUCUCAGGGAAAGCACAGCCAUGGCUUCCCCACCACCCCAGGACAUGGAGGAGGAGCUGGCGUUUGCUGGCUCUGAGCCAGGUGACCCUCAGGCCAAACCCCCUGUCAAGCCCAAACCCCGGGCCCUGCCUGCCAAGCCUGCCCUGCCUGCCAAGCCCAGCCUGCUGGUGUCUGUUGGGCCUCGGCCCCCCCGGGGUCCCCUGGCUGAGCUGCCUUCUGCCCGGAAGAUGAACAUGCUGGCAGGACCCCAGCCCUAUGGUGGCAGCAAGCGUCACCUUCCCUUUGCUGCACCGAGACCAGUGGCCGAGACCUCCACCAGAGGAGAAGCCACCCGAGAGACCGGGAAAGAGGAGGCUGUGAAAGAAGAGAUGCCCCCUUUGACACCCCCAGCUCGAUGUGCUGCCCCGGGGGGUGUGCGGAAGGCCCCCGCCCCCUUCCGUCCAGCCUCUGAGCGCUUUGCAGCCACCACGGUGGAAGAGAUCCUGGCCAAGAUGGAGCAGCCCCGGAAGGAGGUCCCCGCCAGCUCUGACCGCCUCUGGGGCUCCCGCCUCACCUUUAACCACGAUGGCAGCUCAAGAUACGGCCCCAGGACCUAUGGCAUGGCUGCUGGUCCCAUGGAUGAGGAUGGUGGGACCCUUUCCAGGGGAUGGUCCCAGGAGGGGCCUGUGAAGUCUCCCACAGAGUACCCAGAAGAGCACAGCCAGAGCCCCCAGGAGAGGAGCCCUGCUUUGGACCUGGCCUUCAACGGGGACCUGGCUCAGCCUGCCAGCUCCGAGCCACCUAGCGAUGUUUCCAAGGCCUGGGUCCCCCCAAGUCCAGGCCCCACCACAGAGAACGGAGGGCUCGCCACCUCAGGCCCGGCCUCUGGGUCUCCUGGCCGCUCUCGUCUUCCAGGAGGCCAGAGUCCUUCAGCGUCGGGGCCUUCUCCCUGCCUGCCUGUGACUCCAGCGUUCCCAACUGUGACCCUGCUCGAUGAGGGCUCCUGCCAUGCCCCUAGCCCAGAGCGCCCUGCGUUGGGAGCCCCAGAGACCCCCAGACCCAGCAGCCCUCCCGUGGAAAAGGUCUCAGGGCUCCAUAGCCCAGAGCAGCGUCCAGCCACCUCGCCCCGGCCCCUGAUGGAGGGGGCUGAGUUGCUUGAUCCUGAUCGGACGUUUCCGUCUGGCAAGGAGGUGUCCAGGGGUGAUGCAGACCUCCGCCCCGCCGGCCUGGCUCAGCGCCGAUUUUCUGAAGGUGUGCUACGGCUGCCUGACCAAGAUCAGAAGCUGGGGGGCUCGCUCUCUGACCUGCCCCAAACCCAGGGGAGCCAGUCAGCCCUGGAUCGUCCCUUUGGGAGUGAGACGGAGUCCAACUGGAGCUUAUCACAGUCCUUUGAAUGGACCUUCCCCACUCGGCCUUCGGGUCUAGGGGUGUGGCGGCUGGACUCUCCACCCCCCUCCCCUAUCACUGAGGCUGCAGAGGCGGAGGCUGCGGAGGCUGCAGAGGCUGCGGCUGCUGAGGCUGAGGCCGAGGCGGCGCGUGACUGGGCUGCAUCCAGUCAGGAGGGAGUGCUCCAGCAGGGACAAGGGCCCUGGUCAGCUCUAGAGGGACCAGAAAGACCUGGUUCCUGGGUGCAGAUGGAUGAUUCGGGCACCUCCCCAACCCAAAAGGGUGAUGGGCAGAGCCAUCCUCCCUCUCCAGCUGCUCCCCUUGAUCCUCUGCCAACAACAGGGGGCCCACCUGAACCGGCCUUGCUUCAGGCAGAGGAGAGGUAUGAGGAGCAGGAGCUCCUGGCCAGACAUGAGUCCCCACGCGCUCUGGCCACAAGGGAGGCUGCCCUGCCCGUCCUGGAGCCGGUCCUGGGGCAGCAGCAGCCAGCGCCCUCUGACCAGCCCUGUGUCCUCUUUGCUGCCACCCCUGACCCUGGGCAGGCCCUGCCUGCUGAGGAGGAGGCCGUGACCCUGGCCCAGGCUGAGACUACCCAACCUAGGACCGAGGCUCAAGAUCCCUCUGGGGGGUCCCCCGAGCCUGCAGACCCCGAAAGCAGCUCCCGCUGGCUGGAUGACCUCCUGGCCUCACCACCACCAAGUGCUGGCAGUGCACGGCGGGGAGCUGGACCUGAGCUGAAAGACACACAGACCCCCAGUGCCUGCUCCGAGGGACUCCUUGGCUGGGCCCAGAAAGAUCUGCAGAGUGAAUUUGGGAUCGCAGCAGACCCACAGUCAAGCAGUUUUAGCCCUUCCAGCUGGUCCCAAAACACUUCUCAGGACUAUGGCCUGGGGAGUGCGAGCCCUAGAGGGGGCCCAGGCCUUGGAGAGAAGGACUGGUCCAACAAGUGUGGGCCAGGAGCAGGGGAGGGGAGCUCCAGGGAGUGGGCCAGCAGGUGCGGCGUUAUCGGCCACGAGGAGGUGGAGGUCGGCAGCCCCCACGGGAGUGGAGUGUCCUCCCCAGGGGGGCUCACAGCUCAGCACCGGGUGAUUGGAAAGCCAGCCCUGCUUGGCACCCAGCAGAGCCAGGAGCCAGAUGCCCAGGACUGGGAGUUCAGAAAGAGGGAUUCCCAGGGCACUUACUCCAGCCGGGAUGCGGAACUGCAGGACCAGGAAUUCGGGAAGAGAGAUUCGCUGGGUUCUUACAGCAGUCAGGACGCGAGCCUUCAGGAUUGGGAGUUUGGAAAGAGAGAUUCUUUGGGGGCUUAUGCCAGCCAGGAGGUGGACGAGCAGAACCAGGAAGUGGGGCAGAAGGACCAGCUCGGCAGAUACAGCAGCCAGCAUGCGGACCAGCAGGACCAGGAGUUUGGGAAGAGAGAUUCGUCGCUUGGCAUCUUUGGCAGCCAGGGUGCUGAGCAGCAGGACCAGGAUUUCGGGAAGAGCGCCUGGAUGAGGGACUACAGCAGCCACGGCAGCUCCACGGCCCUCGGCCCCCAGGAUCGAGGCUUAGGGACGAGAGCCCUGAGCACUGGGUUCAGCCCCGAGGAAGCCCAACAGCAGGACAAGGAGUUUGAGAAGAAGAUUCCGAGUAGGGGAGACAGCCUGGGCGAGGCCAGCAGGGGUGCAGGCCAGCCAGAGGAGAUGGAGUCGGGGGGCUUGUUCAGCCCCAGCAGCCCCCAGUCGCAGGAUGGAGCGCUGACCCAGAGAGACCAGAGCAGCUGGCAGGACAGCGGUGCCCGCCAGGAGGUUGGAGGGCUGCACGGGAGACGGCAGGCAGGGGACCGGAGCCCGGGCGAUGCCGACCCGGGGGGCAGGGAAGUGGGGCGGAGAGGCUGGGCUGGCGACUUCAGCCUCAAUGUUGUCCCCCAGCCAGAGGCAGCCUUCAGCCCAGGGCAGCGAGACUGGAGUGCUGACUUCUGCGUGGAGGCUACCGAGGGGAGCCAUCAUUUUGGCAUCAUUGGCAAUGACCGAGUGAGUGGUGCUGGCCUGAGCCCUUCCGUCAAGAUGGGAGGUGGCCACUUUGUGUCUCCCGAGACGACCUCAGCUGGGUCCGUGGACUGGGCUGACCAGCUGGGCCUCAGGAACUUGGAAGUGUCCAGUUGUGUGGGUUCCGGGGGCUCACGUGAGGCCAGGGAGGAGGCCGUGGGACAGAGGAGCUGGUCGGAUAACCUGGGCUUGAGAGACGUGGACCUGGACAGCCGUUUGGAGACGGGGGGUUCUGAGGAGCCCAGGAGGAUGGGAGUUGGGGAGAAGGACUGGACUUCUGAUGUCAGGGUGAGGGGCAGAGAUUUGGCUGGGGUUGGGGAGGCAGGAGGCCACAGCCAGGCCAGAGAGAGGGGUGUGGGGCAGACUGACUGGUCAGGCGUGGAGGCUGGAGACUUUCUUAAAUCAAGGGAGCGUGGAGUGGGGCAGGCAGAUUGGACACCGGACCUGGGGCUGAGGAACAUGGCUGUGGGGGCAGGUAGCAGCUCCAGGGAGCUUGGGGUGGGCCAGGUGGACUGGGGCAACAACAGUCUGGGCCUGAGGAAUUUGGAGGUGUCAUGUGACCUGGAGACCGGAGGUUCUCAGGAGCCACGAGGAUGUGGAGUGGGACAGAUGGACUGGACCCAGGAUUUGGGGCUCCGGAAUGUGGAGCGCUCUGGGGCCCCGAGUGGAGCCAGGGAGCAUGGGGUGGGAGAAGUCAGCCAGUGCUCAGAGAUUGGCCUCAGGGACCCUGGCACUUUGUGUCCUGGCCUGGGGGCCAGAGACCCCAUGGAGGCCAGAGAGCUGGGGGUUGGUGAAAUGAGUGGGCCAGAGGCCCAGGGCGAAGAUGACUCCUCAUUUUCCUUGGAGACCUGCCCCGAAGACCCCGGGAUGGAGACAGGAGAAGCCCCCAGCUUUGGAGCCAGCCCCGGCAGGGGCCCGGCCCGCUCCCUGCCCUCCGCCCCCCAGGGCCUGCCGGAGGAGUCGCUGGCGCUCAGCAGUGCCAAGGCAGCGGCCCGGAGGGAGUCAGCGGCUUCGGGCCUGAGGGGCCUGUCAGAAGAGGAAGGAACCACAGCCAGUGCUGAGCAAGGGGAGCCCCUGGAGCCUGGCAGCGACCCUCUGCCCUCUUGGAGGCCGCAGCCAGAUGGCGAAGCCAGCCGGACAGAAGAGGUGGAUGGCACCUGGGGCCCUGCGGGGGCCGGGCGGGGUGAGCAGGGCCCGACGCGGCCCCCUCGCCGGCCCCCCCAAGGCCCUCCCCCCAGGUCCCCCAGUCAGGACUUCUCCUUCAUCGAGGACACCGAGGUCCUCGACAGUGCCGUGUAUCGGAGCCGUGCCAACCUGGGGCGCAAGCGUGGGCACCGGGCCCCGGCCAUCCGGCCCGGCGGUACCCUGGGCCUGUCGGAGGCGGCAGACUCGGACGCACGCCUGUUCCAGGACUCUACGGAGCCACGAGCUUCUCGGUUGCCGUCUUCAGACGAGGAGGUGGUGGAGGAGCCUCAGAAUCGCAGGACACGGAUGUCCUUGGGCACCAAGGGCCUGAAAGUCAACCUCUUUCCUGGCCUGAGCCCAUCAGCCUUGAAGGCCAAGCUGCGUCCCCGGAACCGCUCGGCUGAGGAGGGGGAGCUGGCAGACAGCAAGUCCAGCCAGAAGGAGUCUGCAUUCCAGCGCUCCAAGUCCUGCAAGGUCCCAGGGCUGGGGAAGCCCCUCACGUUACCUCCGAAGCCAGAGAAAUCCUCAGGGUCAGAAGGAUCUUCACCCAGUUGGCUACAAGCCCUGAAGCUGAAGAAGAAGAAGGUCUGAGAAGGCCCUGAGGUCCUUCCCAUCGGCAGUCUCAGGCAGUGCCCGUUCCUGUGGGGUCCCCGGCGAGGAGAUGGCUGGAUCCCUCCCCCCCAAUAUCCCAGGCUGCAGCCUCUGUCCCUCUUCGCCUCUGAGAAGUGUCUGGGAGGCACAUUUAUGCACUUUGUAUCACCAUCCCAGCUUUCCCCCACACCUCUCCCGGCUUGGAUUCCGGCCUGGAUUUCGUCAUGAGUGGUCCAAGGUUCUGGUCCUCCUUCCAUGUGCUGUCUGCUCUUCCCCCUCUGCUUCCUCCUCCAGCCUACCUUGGGUUUUCUUUUGAUAUCAAUUUAUAGCAUUUUUUAUAAAAGCCUUUGAUUUUUGUAAUGGAUGGAGCCCUGCCCCACCCCAGGUCUCCCUCCUCCCUACCAGGUGCCCCACAGAGACCAAUAACA